UUCCCUUGCCUUCUCCAAACAAACAAAGCCCCCAGGACCGCACCUGCUCUCUCUCUCUCCCUCUCUCCCUGACUCAAGAAAUUCAAUGGCGGACAAGGAAGAGCAGAUGAUCCCGGUGCUUACGGUCCUAAAGAAAGGUGCGAUUCUCAAGAACAUCUUCCUCGUUAACAAACCACCGCCGCCGGAGAUUUCUAGGUCUGAAUCCGUCGCGUACACUGGAAUUUCUGAAAAUCUAGGUGAAGAAACUGAAGAGAUCUUGAUCGUUGGCCGACAUCCAGACUGCAAUAUCGUGUUAACACAUCCCAGCAUCAGCAGAUUCCACCUUCAAAUCCACUCGAAUCCUUCCUCGCAGAAACUCUCUGUUGUUGAUUUAUCUUCGGUUCAUGGCACCUGGAUUUCGGGAAUGAGGAUCGACCCCGGGGUUCUUGUGCAACUUCGUGAGGGUGACACAAUAAGGGUUGGUGGGUCAACCAGGGUCUACAGAUUGCAUUGGGUUCCUCUGUACCGUGCUUAUGAUAUGGAAAACCCAUUUAUGUCACCACUGGACAUGUCAUUGACUGGAGAGAAAGAAGAAGAAGAAGAAGAAGAAGAAGAAGAAGAAGACGAGGAAGAAGAAGAGAAAGAAGGAAACACGGUGGUUGAAGGAGGGAAUGAAUUUGCAAUGUUUCAUGAUGAGAAGUCUCUGCUCCUCCCAGACAAAGAUGUUGCAGGGUCAAAUAUCUUGAUAAUCGAAGGAACAGAGAAUGUUAAUUACAAGGGUAUGUCAGCUACAUGUGAAGACAUUCAGUCAUUAGAUAUGACUUUGGAGGGAUUGGAGUUACUGUUUUCUCUCCAGGAUUCAGAAUCAUGUGUGAAGAAAGUGAUACCAUCUGCACCUUUGCUGGGAGAAAGCAUGAACUGUGAUGCAUUUUCGGCGCAAGAAGAAGGUGAGAGCCCAUUACAAAAUGAUCAUCAGGUGAGGAAUAUCAUGAGCACUGGUUUUGGGACUUCUCGAACUGAUUUGAAUACUUCAUCUGCGCCUGUCGAGCAAUUCAUUUGUGAGAGCAAAAAUCAAGAGGUCAACAAAGAUAACCAGAUCCCAAAAUAUCAUCCUGUGGCUGAAGUAAUAUCAGCUGAAGAAAGCAUGGAUGAACCCAUUAUAGGAACUGAAAGUAGAAUCGAUAUCACAAACUUGGAUUCUUCACUCUCUAUGAAAGAAGCUGAAUCGCAUGAAGCGGAAGAAACACAUGAAGCAAUAAAAGAAAUGGGUGUUUUGAGAGAAGACUUUGCUUUGCCAGUUGAGCAAGUUCCGUCAGAGGCCAAAACUGAAAAAUCUAACAAAGAAAACCAGACCCCUCAAUCCCUCUCGCUAUCGCAGCCGCUUCUUGAAAGAGGAAAUCAAGAAAGCUCCACUGGUGCUCGGAAAUUGAACCUCCUGGUAGGCCUGAGCUCUUCUGAUGCUGAGGAAAAUGACUGCAAUUUGGCAACUGAAAUACUGGAAGAGGCUGGAAACCAGAGCGCCCUAUCAGCAGACCUCGGAGGAAUAAAAUUUGAGAGCCCCUCCUAUGUGACCCUUUCAACAGACCCUGUGAACUUCGCUUUUUCUGUUGGUGAAGCUAUAUCAGAGAUUGUAGAUGACAAAGAAAGUGAGGCCGCCCAAACUCCUGUUGCAGCUGGACUAUCUGAAGUAGAAAACAGGAAAUGCUCUGCAGGAUCAGAGAAAAUAUCUAGCUUGCGUAGCAUGAGGUUGACAAGAGGUAAACUUGCUUCUGUUGAAAUCCAAACAUACGGGAAAGGAAAACAGAUCAUAGAUGCUGGCAUCGAUAGCGAAGUUGAACUGCAAAAUAUAGAUGUUGAAGGUAAACCAAUAAUGGAAGCUCAGCCUUUCAGUUUAGAGGGGAUAAUUGAAGAAAUUUUAACCCCAGAAAAGGAAAAUUUAACCCCGGACACUCUUCUGCUCAAGUCUCCGAAUAAGAAGGGUAAUCUUGAAUCAACAUCCUCUUCAAAGGUUGCAAUUAGCCUCAAUCUUCAACAUGAAAAGUAUGACAUGAUAACUUUCUCAGACAAAGAGAACGAGACACCUAAACUCCAGCAUCAGAAAUCAGCAAAACGCACCUCUAAAAUUCAAGAAAAGAAGAAUACGGUAAUGAAGAGAAGAGUGGAACGGGUGCCAUUGCAACCUUUAACCGCAGGCAACAGCAGACUUGAAUCUUUGGUCUCCAUUAUUGCUGGAAGCAGCAGCGAAUCUGUUAAGGGUAUUCAAAAAGUCGAGAAAGUAAGUUACAUGAUUUUGAAAAACCCUGCUGGAGGAGGAAAGAGGAGAUGGACUAUGGUAGCAGACACUACUUCUCUUCUAGAGAAGGGUGCUAGGAAGUCAUUACAGCUUUUGCAAGGUCUUAAAGGGACUCAGUUGAUUAUUCCAAGAAUGGUCAUUAGGGAGCUAGAUUGCUUGAAGAGAUGCAGUAUCUUCAGAAGAACAGAAGCUUCUUCUGUGUUAGAAUGGAUUGAAGAGUGCAUGUUCAAAACAAAAUGGUGGAUUCACGUCCAGAGCUCAGUGGAGGAGGGAUGGCCAGUUGCUCCAACCCCUCCUGCUUCUCCUCAGCCUCAUUUCAGCGAAGGCGGUGGUGGGUUCUCUUGUGGGACAACAAGCUCAGUGCCAUUUUCUAUUCACGGAAGCUUAAUGAACAUUGUUUCACCCACCGCAGAGGAUCAUAUCCUUGACCACGCUCUUCAUAUCAGAAAAAUGAAGAAUGAUGGACAGGAGGUAGUCCUUCUAAGCAACGACAUUACAUUGAAGAUCAAAGCUAUGGCAGAGGGUUUGAUCUGUGAGACAGCCCAGGAAUUCCGAGACAGUCUGGUGAAUCCCUUCUCUGAAAGGUUCUUGUGGUCUGGAAGCUCUCCUAGGGGCCACACUUGGUCUGUCUUAGACGAUGUAGUUUUGAAGGAGAGAUACUGUCGAUAUCCUUUCAAGAAAUCGUCCAAGGGAGAAGGUGCAAAGGGUUUGAAACUUAUUCUGCUCCAUAAUUCUCAUUAUGGACAGAUGAGUUAGAGGUUUAGGGUUUCCAACCAUGUAAACUGUAUUCCCAAAGCAUCAUGACAAGCCAGAUGAUUCUCUAGAUUCAUCAAAUCCAUUUGGAAGUUGGAACAGAGAGCAACAUGUCCAAAGAGCUUGUCUUGUCUCGAGAAUGUUGUGCCACAGGAAUAAAAUCCAUUUGUUCGUGCCACAAUGCUUCUCAUAUGAUUUCAGAUUUGCAAGAAUAAAGUACUUCUUGGUGUUGCAUCUGCUACA